UUUUUCUUUUUUUCUUUUUCUUUUUUUCUUUUUCUUUUUUUCUUUUUCUUUUUUUCUUUUUCUUUAAUUGAUUCUUAACAUCUUUAUAUACUUUUUUUUUUAUUAUUAUUUUGAUAGUAAUAACAAUAUGACCACUGAACAUGACUUGUUCAUGGUACCAACUUCAACUUGGCAACGAGCUAGAAGAUCUCGUUUAGGUAUAGCAUGUGUUGUAGCUUUGACUUUAUUCACGGAUAUGUUAGUUUAUGGUGUUGUUAUUCCUUGUUUACCAGUAUUAGUACUUGAACGUUUAGGUGGUGAUCAAGCUCAACUUGGUUUUCUUUUUGGAUCUUAUGCCUUUGGUUUAUUAGUAGCUACUCCUAUAUUUGCUAUAUUAUCUGAUAGAUAUCAAAAUCGACGUUAUCCAACCAUGAUUGGUAUGUUAGGUUUAGUCAUAUCUACAUUAGCCUUUGCCAUAGCUGAUUCUUACGUAUUAUUGGUCUUGGCUCGUGUGGCGCAAGGGGUUGCAGGUGGUGCCAGUUGGACUAUUGGACUUGGUAUGUUAGCAGAUAUCUUUCCUACGAAUCGACUUGGUAUUGUCAUGGGUAGUGUCUUGACUGCUCAUACAGUUGGAUUUGCUAUUGGUCCUGCCAUUGGUGGUGUCCUUUAUGAAUAUGGUGGUUUUGGUGCUCCAUUUUAUUUCUGUGCUGCUUUUGCUGUUAUCAACUUUUUAGGUAUUGUUUGGAUUGAAGAACCUUUAUUAUUAUCCAAACAUUUCAAAUUACAAGAUGAAUUGGAACAACAACAACAACAUAAUGAACAUACUCCUCUUUUAUUCCCAGAAAACGAUAAUGAUAGUGUACAUUCCAAUAUGUCUUUUGCUACAAAUAUCACUACCACUCUUUCCGCCGCUGCCGUUAUCGUCGAUCAUCCAGAUCUCGCCAUCAAAUUAUCUCAACGAGCCGAUGAUAAAGAACAUCAUAUUACCAUGUGGUCUUUAUUAAAUCAAUGGCGCAUUUUCUCUUGUGUAUGUUGUGUCAUUAUCAGUGCUUCCGUCUUUUCUGGUAUUGAACCUGCUUUACCUGUUCAUCUUAAAAAGAUGUAUGAUUGUUCUCCUUCUACUGUGGGUUUGAUCUUUGUUGCUAUGGUAGUACCUGCUUUCCUUGCUCCUGUUAUUGGUCAUUUUUCUGACAAGAUGGGUCGUCGAAUUAUUAGUUCAACUGGGAUGAUCUUGAUGGCGAUUGUAUCUCCUAUUGUGGCAUUGCAUUUCAAGUCUGUGUACAUGAUCAUUCCUCCUUUGAUGAUAUUUGGAUUGUCAAGUCCCGUGACUUUGACACCGAUAUUACCUGAAAUGGGUGAAAUUGUCAGUGAUAUGGGUGGUGAUGCAUAUGCACAAGUAUAUGCUUUAUACAAUAUGGCCUAUGCAUCUGGCAUGUUCAUUGGUCCUGUGAUCGCUGGUUUUAUCAUGGCACAUCAAGACUUUGAAACCUUAAUGAUCUUGUUUUCUCUGGCUCUAUUGGCUUGUAGUCCUGUCAUGAUGGAUUGGUUGGCCCUUUGGAGAAAAUGUGUUGCCUUCUGUACUUAAUAUAUUCCCCAUUCUUGAUUUCUAUUAUUGACAUUAAAUAUCAUUAUGGUUGUACAUUUUCAUUUCCCCAUCCUCAUUACCAUUUUAUUCUAUUCGAUAAUAGUUUUCCUUUUUUUUUUUAUCCCCUCUUUCCUUCCUCUUAUUUAUGUAUCUAAUAAAAGAAAUAUUUUUUUAAAAAAACGAACAGAAAAAAAA